UAUCAUAUAAAAAAAAUAGAUUAUCUAUAAAGAAUAUUACAAUCUACUAUUCACUGAUCAUACGUAUAUAUGUAAAUUUCUUCUGAACACAUGUGAACAGUAAUCUAAUUCUAAAAGUAAUUAAAUAAAAGAAAUGGCUCGAGUCUUAGUUUAUAACCGUCCUGUUGAUGCAAUAUUUAUGGACGUAAACUUGGGAGUCAAAACAAACCCUGAACAUGGAAUGAUAAUAAUAAAAGAAGAGCCGAUCGAGAUCGACAGCCAUGACGAUUUAUGGCUGAACGAAAUUGAUGGCGGGAGUGAAAACGAAGCAUCAAGAUCUGAAGAUCGUAAAAGCGAAGAAAACGAAAUUGAAGAUAGUAAAAUCGAAGAUAACAAGAGUGCGAAUGAUAAAAUUGAAGAUAAAGAUGAAGAUAAUUAUGAAUAUAAAAGAUUUGUGCUAUCUCAAGAAUUUGAUCCCUUAAAAAAUAACGCAUUGAAAGCUCAAUUUAUAACUUGCAGUAUUUGUUUCUUGACAUUUAGAAAGCUAAGUUAUAUUCGACAUGUGCGUAGAUACUGUAACGGUGACUAUAAAUGUAAAAAAUGCAAGGCGGUCUUCAAUACUUGUCAUUCGAUCAAACGUCAUUUGAGGAUAAAGGGUUGUAAGAAAAAGCUUAUUUAUAAAUUUCUUUGCAAUUUUUGUCAUCGAGGGUUUUGGAGAAAGACCUAUAUCCAAUGCCAUUUAUUCCACGCGCACGAAGAUGAAAUAAAUAAUAUCGAUAAAACUCAAAUUGUAGAAAAUUACAAAUCGUCAGAGAAACCAAAUGAUGUACUCGUGGAGAAGCUAAACAGUUCAAAUGACGCGUUUCCAAAACAGUUAAAUAAUUUGACAAAUACAUGUAAAAAAGAGUUGAACAGUACACCUUCCUCCAAAUUGAACGGUUUAAAUUGUACGCAUUCGAAAAGAUUCAGCAGUCAAUGCGAUACAGUUUCGAAAAAGCCGAAAAAUUUAAAUAGUGCAAGCCAGUUAAAUUAUUCAUGCGAUUCAUCCUCUAAAAAGAUGAAACAGACCACUCUUACAGAUUAUUCGUUUUAUAAGGAAAACUCGAACAACGAUGACGUCAUCAUAGAGAAAGUGAUUGGUAUAAACAAUAAUUCUGCUAUUGAUGACACGAAUGAAGCGUGUGAGAAAUUUGGUGAUAAUUCCUCGUUGACUUCAGAAAAUAUUCAAGCGCACAAGCGUGCCCGAUCUCGUGCGCUUGACAAGAAUAAACCAUUCGUUCAGAUUCAUGUGAAUCCCCGCACGAUGAUGCUCUUAUUGAACAACGAGAUAAAAAGUGAUUCUGAGAGUCUCGAAAGUUCGUACAACGUACCCUACAAUCUUAGACCAUCGGGAGAGAAUUCAUGUGCAUUACGUAAAAUUCGCGAUUCAAUAAACCAUGACACUUCUAACAAAGCAAAACGUCCCGUUAAAAGAAGAUAUCCCUGCAAUGUAUCUACGCGAAGAAUGUCUUUACGAAAUAAAAGGUUCAAGUCUGAAAUUGUAAUUAAAGAAUGCAAGAUCUAUCUGGAGAAAUGCGACGAGAUCUUGAAACGGGAUAAGAUUAAAACAGAAGUUGAAAAUGUUUCUCAAUCUGUAAAUUUGAAAAAAAAGAGAGAAAUAAAAACGGAGAAGGCUGACAAUUUUAUUAAAACUGAAUCGGCAAGUGAUCUAUCUUUAAAGCUUACGUCAAAGAUAUUCAAAGCUGAAAGGAAUAAUUUGUCGAUUGCUAAAAAUGAGCCAAAUGUGUCGAAAGGUAAUGUUAAGAUAUCGCAAAGAUCGUUCCAAUGUCAUGUUUGCAAAAAAUUAUUCUCGUUAAAAGAGAAUUUGUACGAGCAUAUGAAAUUGUUUCACUCGAUUUACAUAUCGAGUAUAUGUAACGCACGCUAUACAUCCAUUAAUAAAUUGUUGAAACAUUAUUUACGUCAACAUAUCGUGUUUAAGCGAAAAGAAUGUUGCGUGUGUUACGAGAAAUUCGACACACCGGUAUCGUUGAAACGACACAUGAUUGUGCACUGUUUGAAGACCAUACGAUCUAAGAAAGACACUCUACCGGUUGACGUUGAGAUAAACUGCAGUUCAUUGAAGAAAGAAAAUAAGUGCAAAGGUUGCCACAAACGAUUCUGGCUCAAUUCGUGUUUGAAAGAACACGAGAAGGUGUGUCGUCGAAUGAAAGACCGGAUAUGUAAGCGAUAUAGGCCUCAAAUAAAAUGCUCCUUUUCGUCUCGGACAAAGGAAUCGAUUGGCUCAAAAUUUAACACGAUACAAGCAAUUUCUUUAAAAGAAAUAUCAUCAGAACAGAAAAUGAAGCCGAUGAAUUCGAUCAAAACAACGCCCACUAUGACUCAUAGUUCACAUCAUGUUUUACCAUCUGUCCCACCUAACUCUGCAGCAAGCAAAAAGAGAUUAGUUAACAGUAUCGCUUGGAUGAAGGAUUACGAACUUAAAACGAAUGAUAAAACGACAUUUCCCUGCACCAUUUGCGGGAUACAGUUUCAAACGUUUCAAAAUUUGUGCAUGCACGAGCGUACCUAUGCCAAACCUGCCAAUAAAUCGUGCAACGUUUGCGGUACCCUGUUUCCUUCCAAAAGAUUGUUACAACUUCACUCGCUCGCGACCCAUUCGCCUUCUUGCGCGGAAAAUUAUCAAUUCUUUUGCAAGUUUUGCAAUCAAGGUUUCGUUAAAAAAACGAACAUUCGGAUUCACGAGCGACACUUCCACAUGGACCAGGUCCCUAAACCCGUCCGAGUCAACGAGUCCGUUUGGAGUUCGUAUCCAAUGUGUACUACGUGUAAUUUGUUAUUCGAAUCGUACGAGCGAUUCAUCGAGCAUAAUAUGUAUUACUAUAACGAUCAAGUGUUUGUGUGCACUGUAUGUGGCAAAUCGUUUCAGGGGAUGUACAAGCUUCACUAUCAUAACAAGAUGGAACAUUAUCCGAACGACAUAUUGAAAUUGUACGCUUACAAAUGUAACAUUUGUAACGAAGGUUUCAAUUACGAGUCGCAUUUCCACGCGCACAAGUUGCAUGUUCAUCUACCCGAUGCGCCGAUUAUACAGAAAACGCUAAAUAUCAUGCAAGACCACAGCUACGCUUUGUCGAAUAACGUUGGCAUAAAGACCAAAGUAAUGGAAGAACCGAUAAUAUUGUCGGCAAAGACGUAUAUUUGCAAUGUGUGCAAUUUGAAUUUCACCAACGAAGAAGAUUUGUCGAUGCACAAGAUAGAAUACUCCACGAACGGUGAAUUUCAAUGUGGCAAAUGCAAUCGAAAAUGUGGUACCAGUUCUUUUCUAGCCAAGCAUAAUAGUUUGAAUCAUACCGGUUGUGAUAUUAACAACAGUUUCAAGUGUCGAUUUUGUGGUGAGGUGUUGACAACCAGUACAGCGAUGUUGUGCCACGAGAAACACUUUCAUUUAAAUUGCAACAGUGAUCUCAACAAUGAUAACAGACAGCCAAUUCAGCUAGUUAUGAAUAAGAAGAUUGAUAGCAAACUUGAAAAGUGCGAUCUUACGUGUUCGACUUGUGACAUGAAGUUUCACAACAAUAUCAAAUUGAAGCAACAUUUGUUGGAGUAUGCCGAUAUAGGUAAAUUCAUUUGCAACAUUUGCCAAAGAAAAUUCACCGAGGUGGAACAGUUAGAGGUGCAUAAAAUCAAACACACCAUGUUGAGCAACACUUUGCUGUCGCAACGGUGUCCUAUAUGCAAUGAAGGAUUUUCGGAUCCUAUGAAUGUUCGGUCGCAUGUAAUGCACCUACAUCGAUACGAAACGUUUAAUUUUAACACGGAGCAUAUAGGGACAAAAUGACGAGGAAUUAGAAAGAGGGCGACACUGUGAUGGACAUCCUAGCUUAACAUCUAGAAUUAGAUCAAGUGAAUCGCUUUCAUUUCUUCCUUAUAUUUGAAACGUGGCAAAGCCUAGUUUUAAACGAUAUGGAAAUGUAUAAAUUCAUUAUUUAACAUUGAAAUCCAGAUAUACUCCUCGUGUUUGUGGAAUCGAUGACAGAAAUACUUUUUAUAGAACAUAUGAUGAACCAAUUCUGUCAUGUCAUCGAGAGCAGACAUUUUGCAUAUAUGUGAGUGAUAAAAAAAAGUGAACAAAGUGAAGGAACUCAAAAUAUAAUGUAUUUGUUGACUGUAUACUUAGUGAUUGUUACAAAUUUAAAAAUGGUUUUAAUAAUUUUCGAAUAAUUAAGAUUUUGUUAUAUUAUGUAUGUAUGCAAAUUUUAAAGUAAAAUUUUUGACAGUUUAUUUUUCCAUAGUGGAUAUUGCAUUGAAAGUGAAAUUUAUUUUCGAAUAUUAAAUCUCAAUUGCAGAUUCCAUUAUUGAAAAAAUACUCUUAAGAGUUUUACUCUCAAAUGUUUAUACUUUCAGAUAUCCUGUGUUCAAUCAAAUGAAAAGUAUUAUUUAUAACCAAAAGAAUGCGUAGACAUUUUGUUUUAAAAACAUUAUUUACUAAAUUGAUACUAAAUUGUUCUAUGUAACUCUGAAGUUAUAAAUCUAUGUUAGCCAACACAGUAAAAAAUUU